GAAAUACAGUGCAAGCUGUGGAGCGUUUGGGUUCUGCCACUUUGGUCUAUUAGCUGAAAGAGGGGUCUCUUUAGGUUGGACGCUAGUAGUGGUCAGCAUGGGAGCACGUAUCAGACGUUAUUCUGACGUGAUGGCUCUACCGGACUCUUUUAUUCAGAAACAACAACUAGACGCCUCAAUGGCCGACACUUUCCUGGAGCACCUGUGUUUGCUGGACAUCGACCAGGAGCCCAUUACAGCUCGCAACACCAGCAUCAUCUGCACCAUUGGUCCUGCAUCCCACUCUGUUCCCAAGCUGCAGGAGAUGGUGAAGGCUGGAAUGGACAUAGCUCGCCUCAACUUCUCCCACGGCACCCACCAGUACCAUAGUGAGUCUAUCCGAAAUAUUCGGGAGGCAGUGGAGACAUUGACCUCUGACCCACUGUACUACCGGCCUGUGGCCAUUGCGUUGGACACCAAAGGCCCAGAAAUCCGCACUGGGCUGGUGCAUGGGCAUGCAGAUGGUGAGGUGAAGCUGGAACGUGGUGCACUGGUGCAGGUGGUAACAGGGGAAGCAGAGCGUGAUGGGACAGAUGGUGCUAAGGUGUGGAUGGACUACCCUAGCCUGCCCAGCGUGGUGCAGGUAGGCAGCAGGAUCUACAUCGACGACGGACUCAUCGCUCUCACAGUGCUGGAGAUAGGUGAAGGGUGGGUGAACACUCGUGUGGAGAAUGGGGGAAUCCUGUAUAGCCGUAAAGGUGUGAACUUGCCGGGGGCGGAGCUUGUCAACCUAUCUGCGGUAAGCGAACGGGACCAGGUAGACCUUAAGUUUGGAGUGGAGCAAGGAGUGGACAUGGUAUUUGCCUCCUUCAUCCGCUGUGCAGAGGACGUGCGGGCAGUGCGGCAUGCGCUCGGACCCAAAGGCAAAGACAUCAAAAUCAUCAGCAAGGUGGAGAGCAGACAGGGUGUGCAGAAUUUUGAUGAGAUCCUGAAGGAGAGUGAUGGAAUUAUGGUUGCCCGUGGUGAUCUGGGCAUUGAGAUUCCGGCAGAGAAAGUCUUCAUUGCACAGAAGAUGAUGAUUGGACGCUGCAAUUCAGCAGGAAAACCAGUCAUCUGCGCUACACAGAUGUUGGAGAGUAUGGUGUCUCACGCGCGGCCAACCAGAGCUGAGAGCAGUGAUGUGGCGAAUGCCGUGCUGGACGGAGCCGACUGUGUUAUGCUGUCAGCAGAAACAGCCAAGGGACACUACCCAGUGGAGGCCGUGGCCAUGAUGCACUCAAUUAGUAGGGAAGCAGAAGCAGCUAUUUUCCAUCAGCAGCUCUUUGAGGAGUUGAGGCGUUUAACUCCUCUGAGUUUGGACCCCACAGAGGUCACAGCGAUUGGAGCUGUAGAGUCGUCCUUCAAAUGCUGUGCUGGAGCCAUUAUCGUCCUCACCACCACCGGCAGAUCUGCUCAGCUGCUGUCUCGUUAUCGUCCGCGUUGUCCCAUCAUCGCUGUGACCAGAAAUGCUCAGGUGGCCCGGCAGUCUCAGCUGCUGCGGGGGGUUUUCCCCGCCCUCUUCCACACCCCACCUCCAGAGGUUUGGGCAGAUGACGUGGACAAGCGUGUCACCUUCGGCAUGAACAUAGGUAAAGCACGAGGCUUCUUUAAGCCUGGUGACAUGGUGAUCGUGGUGACUGGAUGGAGUCCUGGAUCUGGACACACUAACAUCAUGAGAGCGGUGACUGCGCCCUGAACCACUGAAUCUGAUUGGAUACAGCCUCUGAAUGCUCAUUUUUGACUGAGCACAUUCAUACUGGCAGACAACUUAACCACAGAAAUACUGAGUCACAAAUGAAAAUCCAGUACAUUCGUGUCAAUUAACAAAAUAAAAUGUGUUGUAAAAUA